GCGAAGGGCGAGCGGACCCGCGGGCGCGGCACUCGGCGAGGAGCUGGGGCGCCGCGGGGAUGAAGGACCGGCUGGCUGACCUAGCAGAGUGUAAAGGAAAUGAAGAUGGAGAGACUGUUGUUGUUGAAAAAGACCAUUUUAUGGAUGACUUUUUCCAACAGGUUGAGGAAAUUAGAAAUAACAUAGCAAAAAUAGCACAGAACGUGGAAGAAGUGAAAAAACAGCACAGCAUUAUCUUGUCAGCACCAAAUCCUGAAGGGAGAACAAAGGAGGAACUUGAAGAAUUAAAUGAGGAAAUAAAGAAGAUUGCUAAUAAAAUUCGAGCUAGGUUAAAAGCUAUUGAACAAACCUUUGAUCAGGGUGAAAAUGCGAAUCGAACAUCAGUGGAUCUCAGAAUAAGAAAAACUCAGCACUCUGUAUUAGCUCACAAGUUUGUGGAGGUCAUGACGGAAUACAACGAGACCCAAACUCUUUUUCGAGAGCGCAGCAAAGGUCGGAUACAGAGGCAAUUAGAGAUAACUGGAAAGACCACCACUGAUGAGGAACUGGAGGAAAUGUUAGAGAGUGGUAAUCCUUCAAUUUUCACUUCUGACAUUAUAUCAGACUCCCAAAUAACUAGGCAAGCUCUGAAUGAAAUUGAGUCACGGCACAAGGAUAUUAUGAAACUGGAGUCCAGUAUACGGGAGCUACACGAAAUGUUUAUGGACAUGGCUAUGUUUGUUGAGACUCAGGGUGAAAUGAUCAACAACAUAGAAAAGAAUGUGAUGAGUGCAACAGAUUAUGUGGAACAUGCUAAAGAAGAGACAAAGAAGGCGGUUAAAUAUCAAAGUAAAGCAAGAAGGAAAUUGAUAUUCAUAAUUAUAUGUGUAACUGUACUACUUCUGAUACUUGGAAUUAUCCUAGCAACAACACUAUCAUAGCAAGCGUAUUCUAAAAGCUACACGCUUCCAGAAGCUCCAAAAGAUAUCUUCAGUAAAACCAAACCUUUUUUGAUAGAAGAUGCCUUACACAGAUAUUGAUGAUGACCUAUCAUUAAUGGCUAAAAUGAAAACAGUCACUCCUAAUGUUUACUUAUAAAUGAAGAUUGGAAUGUACCAGGUUAUGUAUAUUUUUGUCAUAAACUAUACAUUUACAGUAAGACUGAAACUUGCUUUUAAUCGUUUUGAACUAAAGCAACUUGGAUGCUUUCAUAUUUCAGUGUUACAAACAGUUUCAAUAGGGAGUUAAGAUACUUGAGUUUUGACUGUUUGAAUUUUUUUACUCCUAUCGCCACUAUAAUUCUAAUCACAAUUUUUAUAACCUUGCCCGUGCUGCUUCUAAGUUAGUACUUCUGUGAACAUAUUUUUAACUGUAGCUAUGCCUCUAAAUAUAUUUAUUCAUCUUAACCUGUCUAAGCAUAUUACUUAAAGGUUAUUUCUGGCAAGUGAGAAAAUAUUUUAUCCUGAAAAGACCACUUUAGAUAUUUACUGGUCUGCCUCCUACAUUACACUUCAAAAAGCAAAGAUUUAAAAAAAAAAAAACUUAGCAGUUUUUUUUCUAUACGACUAUGGCUUAUUGCGUUAAAUAUUUCCUUGUCUUUAUAUUAGAAAAUGUUUUCUGGUAGAAGUAAUACAGAAACAAAGCACACAAUUUGAUCUUCAUCAGGUAAUUUUACAAAUGGUCUUUGUGCAAAAUAACAGUUCAGCCUCAUUGCUUGCAGGAAUGAUAGAAAUCAUACUUGCUUCAAUAAAGCCAAGUCAAGAUUUGAUUUUUCAGAAGCUUGCUAAUGUUGUGAUGUGAAUAGAGCAGACAGGAAGAAUAAACACUCAGAAAACUUAAAAACAUAAACUAAGACACUGAUUUGUUACAAAAUGUAUGUACUAUGUAACAUAUAUGAAGUGUUUUAGUGUAUGUGCGUCUGUGUUGUAAUACUAGCUUGCAAUACUUGUAAGUAUGAAAGACUUCAAAUGUAACCAAAUAACUGCAUUUAAUGUUAAAGGUUAUUUUUGUAUUUUGCGUGUAAAAUAUUUGUAACUUGAAUUUUUGAUUUCUCAUUGUUUAGGAUACCCAUGUAGAUAUGUAGAUAUAUUUACACUGUAAGAGAAAUAGAGGAAAUUAUAACAUGUGACUUUUAAACGCGAUUUGAAACAGUGCUUGUCAAUGUUUCCAGAUAUUAAACUAUAACAUUAUUUGCAAUAACUCAGAUUAGAAUCCUUGAACUGAAGUUUUAUGGGAAGUGUCUGAGAUCAGUUAUUCGCUAAAAUGUAAUGCAGUCUUUUUGUACUUCGUAAAAUUCAACCAAGUUUACAAUAUAUAAUAUAUGUAUGAAUAUCCCUGCUUUGUCCGAUUAUACUGUGAAUAUGCUGGAGCUAUUCAGAUGACAAACAUUAAAAACUUAAAAAAUUCUCUUUUGCAAGCCAGCCAUAAAGAAAUUGAAGAAAUUAACUUCAUUAAUGAACUUUUUUUUAUUUUACUUUGACAUCCAGAACACUCACCAAUGAUUGUGGGGAAGUUUACGUGCAAAGUAAGGAAAGAUUGCUUGCGUGUUUUAUCAUUCUAGGUAAUAUAUUUUCAAUUCUAUGGUUUUCUAGAUUUUUAAAAAUAUUAAUUAUUUAUACAAAGUACAUUGGGAAGGGAGAUCAAUUUCAUUCAACAGCUGGUUGUCUAAAAUAGUGCCCCAAAUCCAGUCAUGUCAAUUCUUUCUUUUUUAAUUAAUGAUGCAGUACUCUGCCCACUAAGAACAGAAAUUAGAAUGUAGCACUCCAUGCCUUUUUAUUUUCUUUUGUUAUAUAGCUGCCUCUGUUUUAAAACAAAACUUGUUUUUCACAUAAACCUCUUCAUUCUGUUAAUAUUGUGGAGAACAUCUCUAGCCUAUGCACGAAUAAAUUUAUCUAAGCAAGUA